AAGAAAGAAUAACAUAUUACAUUAUAUCUAUGUAUGUUUAUACACUACAUAUACAUAAACAAAAUGACACAUCCCAGAACAGAAUGGAAUUUGGACACGUCAUGUCAUUGCACCACCGAAUCACAUAAAGUUUUAUAUUUACUUGCAUUAACGUUAAGGUAUAACCUCGAAAAUUUAUAACCAACGAUACCAAACUGAAAAAAGUUCAUUAACUUUUAUUCAAUCUUUUGGAAUAAUAUUAAAAUCUUGGAUUUAAUAAUUAUUUUAUUAAAAUGCGUGUAAGAACUUACAAAAAAUGUUUGUAUUAUUUAAUGUCAAGUGGUACCUGCAUGGUGUUUAUAGGAGGCUGUUGGUUUUUAUAUCAACUGAGACAGACAUCAAAGAUUCUUCGAUCAACUGUAACGACAGAUAUUCUUAAUUUAGAGAAAUCACGUAAAUCAUACAUAUACAUUGAUAAACCUCAAUAUAAAGAUAUAUUUACAUUUCACGAUGAGAAAAAUCAAUAUGUGUCAGAAAGACAAUCAGCAGUUAAUCACAAUAUAACAAAUGUCAUAGCUAGAUUUAAUUAUAAUGUAACUAAUAUGGUAACCAUCAUGGUUGAUAUCAUAGCAGAAAGAUGGAAAAUGUUAAAUCAAAAAUUAGCUUAUAGAUUGAUAAACGUUGCUCGUUUGGGUGAUGAACAUGAAAGGAUAAGGGCUGCGACAACUUUAUGUUCUUUAAGUGAUUUAGAAGAUUGGCAUUAUCGAAAUAUGGCACAGAUGUUAGAUGCUAGGACAGCUAUUGCUCUUGCACGUACACCCAAUGUUGAUCAACGCUUUUUCUUAAUACCACCUUAUUUUCAUGUGGAAUAUAAAUUGCAUGAUGUGAUCGAGAAAGUGCACAACAUGUUGUUACAUUUAAAUUCAAUGUGCGACAAGUUACAUCCAUGUCUGACACAAUUUCUUUAUAAAAAAUUUGGAAAUUUAUUUAGGGAUGGUUUAAUGUUUGAACAUGAUUUAACAAGUAUGGGUUUAGCAGUUCCACCGACAAUAAUAUGGAAUGAAGAAUUACUUCAAAACUGUGUCCAAGCAAUUUAUCAUCAUUCUUCCCUCGAACAAUAUAGUAAAGAUAUUGUGAAUGCUGGAGGUCUAGAGAUAUUAAUGUUAAUUUACAAAAUCUUCAGCAAUAAUAUAGAAAUGUGUACAAUUCUUGCCAACAUACUUUCUAAUAUAUCGCUUCAUACUGAAUACUUAGAUGAUUUUUUCCGAUCAGGAUGGUUUGGUAUAUUAGUAGCAUGGUCUAAAAACAAGGAUAUAAGAUUAUCGGUACCUGCAGGAUGUGCAUUAGCAAAUUUAGACAUUGAUAAAAAUAAGCAUAUCAAAUAUCCCAGACACGUAUACCUUCUUCAUCCAUUGCAUAGAACUGACACACCAUCGAAAUUGGAUGUUGUAUUUUUGCAUGGUUUGCUUGGCGGUGUAUUUAUAACAUGGAGACAGAGAGACAUUAAAAAAGAUGCAAUUAAAUGUGAAGAUCCUAUUGACAUAAAAAAUGAGAGUGGUGAACUCUCUAAAUUGAUCAAAGAUUAUCCACAAGAAUUUUUCAAAGAUUUGGCUUACGAUUUGCAAAUGCGUGCAUGGAAAAAAUUAGGCAGAGACUACGAGGUGAUACUCGAUGAUUGUCCUGUUAAUGUUAAUUAUCAAGCAACUGGUCCAUUUACUUGUAAAGGGGACGACGCUUGUAUGAAAAAUUUGGAUCAAGAAACAAUUUGUAGAACACAAUGUUGGCCGAUGGAUUGGUUGCCUCGAGAUGUGCCAUAUCUUCGAAUACUCGGUGUUAAUUAUGACACCAAUUUAUCAAUGUGGACUCCUUUAUGUCCAAUAGAGAGCUUGAAGAGUACCAUCAGCGAUAGAAGUAAUGAAUAUAUUAAUAAAUUAUUGAUAGCAGAUGUUGGAAAAAGACCAAUAAUAUGGGUGUGUCAUUCAAUGGGUGGUUUAUUAGUUAAAAAAAUGCUCGUCGAAGAAUGGAAAACUGGAGAUAAACAUAAUAUAUGUAAAAAUACACGCGGCAUAGUAUUUUAUAGUACUCCGCAUCGCGGUUCGCACAUAGCUGCAUUAACGCAAGCAACACAAAUGCUUGUAUGGCCAUCUAUAGAGGUGCAGGAAUUACGAGAAGAAUCACCACAUCUUCUUGGAUUGCACAAAGAUUUUCUUGAGAUGUUAAAAGAUUAUCCUAUGAAUAUAGUGAGCUUCAGUGAAACUAAAUCUACCCUGGUAACUGCUUUAAAACUUUCAUUCCAAUUUGUCACACCUGAUUCAGCAGAUCCUGGAGUAGGAGAAUUUUUUGAAAUUCCACAGGAUCAUUUGACAAUUUGUAAACCUGCUAAUAAGCGAUCGUUUUUAUAUCAAAAGCUUUUAUGCUUACUUCGACACCAGAUAGAAACACGAAAAGAACCAAAGAAUUCAACAUUUAUGAGUCUAUCAUUACCAGAUAAAUUGUGGCCAUCGUUUGCAAAAUAAAUAAGGUUCCUCAUCUUUACUUCCAUUACUAUCUCUCUCUUCUCUAAUUCUUUAUUAUUCCAUAAAUAAUAAAGAUUAUGUAUUUCGUACCAACAAGAAAGAAGAUUACGAAGAGGAAGAGGCAUGAUGGAACUCCUCCUACGUGCUGCGACAUUUUCAUCAACCAAACUUGAAUCCCAUUAAAUUCUUUUUCAGACUUUCCUUGAACUCUUUCACUCACGUUUUCAAUAUAAAAUCAAUGCAACUAUCAUGAUAGCAUCUCCGAACAAUUGGCUAGUUUACUUUUCAGUUCAAUUUCAAUUUUAUUAAUGAGAUAAGUAUUUUCUUCUUAUUUUAUUUUGUUUCUUUUUGUUUUCUCAGGUAUUCGUAACGGCGAACGCUCACAUUGUUCUCUAAACACACACGAUCGCGACCACGGUGCAGCCCUCACUGCUCUGUACGAGAACGAAUAGAAAGCAAAAUCUUACUUUCACUUUGUCGUCGUAGAGAGACUACACCACACCACCAUCAUUAUCAUCAUCUCACCAACAGAACGUUGCUCGGCACCUCUUAGACAAGAUCGCCUCGAGGCCAACGAGAUCCUUUAUCUCUUUCUUUAUUUCUUUUUUUAUUUAGUCCUUUCUUAUUAUUCUUUGUUUGUCCUUCUCUCUUUCAUUCCUUAUAUUCUUUUUUCUUCUUUAUCUUUCUUCGAAUGAUUACAUUUAGUCUAAUACCAUGACAAAAAAGUAUAUGUUAACAUUGCGAAUUAAUCCCACCCACUCCUCCCCAAAUAAAAAAGCCAAAAAGAAAAGGUCUUUGAUUAUAAUAAAUAGGAUUGUUUUUCUGUUGAAGAAUUUUGGAUAAAUCAGUGUUGCAUUGAUAGCUGAAAUAGUAAAAAUACGUAAGAAUUAGGGAUUUAUUGGAUCUUCUUAAUGAUCGAAGAAGGAAAUUGCUAAAAAAUUUAAUCUUAAAUAAAAAAGGAUUAAACUAUAAUACAAUAUAAUUAAAAUCAUUGUGAUAAUAUGUAUAGACUUUUAUGUUGAGUAUACUGAGAAAAUACAACAAUAUACUAACUCUUGAUACAGUUCUACAAUGUGUAUUAUAUACGCUUUACAAUUUUUCGUUUAUCAUAUUUAAAUAAAUUUAUAGUAUAAAUUCUUAUCAUUCUUGACAUAAAUCAUCGAUAAUGAUUAAUAUACAGAAGCAAUUAAUCGUUGAAACUUCUCGAUAUCUUCGUAUUUAACAUGGGUCAAGUGUGUAACACAUUCCUAUAACACCAAGUACGGAGAGGAAUAUGAACUAUCAUAAAGCAUCAUCAAAUUAUAAGUAUUUCUAGUCGGUUCCUUUGUUGUUAUUAAUUAUAUACUUACAUUUAUUGCGCUGUAUUUUGUUCGAAUAACUUAACUUUCAAAAGAUCUUCUAUAUUUAAUAUAAUCUUGCGUCUAAAAAAUAUACCUCGUCUGAUUGUCAUAAAUUUCUCUUUUUCUUGUUUAUAAUACAACUCUCUUUAAUAGAAAUUAUCAGAUAACAUAAAUAUAAUCAAUAAAUUAUCUUCAAUUAUACAAUCGUCAAAUGCAUAAUACAGCUUAAAGUGUGGGAGAGAGAGAGAGACUGAGAAAGAGAGAGAGAGAGAGAGAGUUAAAAAUUCAUCUCAUGAAUUCUAUAGUUUUACCCUUUGCACAUGAAAAUUUAUAUAAAA